AGCCCGCGCCAUACGCCGCACAGUUAAUCGUCGUUGCCCGUACGUCGCACGCCUUCCCUGUUCAAGCCGCACUAUUGUAAUAACAAUAUCAUUAUUAUAUGUACGUUAUUAUUAUUCCACCAUCUAGUACUCGAUUGUCGUUAUAGUGUGUUUUCGAGCUAAAUAAAAUACGUUUGACGUACGCUAAAUACUGAGGUAUAGUUAAAUUACCAAAAAACCGCGACGAGAAAUAAUAUUAUAUAUUUUGUUCGAACCGAUACAAAUGCGAAUCGUCGCCAGCCGCGUGUGAACACGAGUUUAAGCGUACGACGCCGCUUCGAGCGCCGCAACACAAACCGUAGAGAUCUUUGGUAAAAUGAUUCAAGUGGCCGCGACGCCGAUGAUCGUCAAACCAAAAAUCGGCUUCUCGAUCGAAUCAAUAGUGGGCGCCGGAUCCAGGUCGCCCACCAGGAGCGAAGGGUCCUCGGUGGCGCCGGACGAAAGCGAGGCCUGCAGCUCGGCGGCCGGAUCGCCGUUGAACCCGGGCAGCGUCUCGCCGCCUCCGCCGACGUCGCAAACGGCCCGCCGGCAUGAAUCGCCGCACCGCCAUCACCAACAGCAGCAGACCGUGUUCAAGCCGUCCGCGCUGUCGGCCGCCGGUUACGGGUCGGCCGCACAGUUGGCCAAAGGCCUGCAGUACGUCCACGAGCCGCUAACCCCUCCGCCACAGGCCCCGCACCCACACCAUCCGUUCGCGUUUGCCGCGGCCGCAGCAGCGGCGGCUGCCGCGCACCACUUUCAACCGAACCCGCACCAUCCGCAACACCAUCAGGCCACUAGGGACACGUACCCUCUGUACCCGUGGCUUUUGUCCAGGCACGGCAGGAUAUUUCCUCACCGGUUCCCAGGAGGGCCAGACAUACCGGGAUUCUUGUUGCAACCCUUCAGAAAACCCAAAAGAAUAAGGACGGCGUUUAGUCCCAGUCAACUACUCAAAUUAGAACACGCCUUUGAGAAGAACCACUAUGUGGUGGGCGCCGAAAGAAAACAGUUGGCGCAGUCGCUAAGCCUGACAGAAACUCAGGUCAAAGUUUGGUUCCAGAACAGACGCACCAAACACAAACGGAUGCAACAAGAGGAGGAAGCUAAAGUCCAACAGUCCGGCGGCAACAACGGCCCUAAAAACAACACUCACCACGUGAACAAGUGGAAACAAGAAACCCAAAACAGUGGAGGGUCCGACAGCGAGAUGCAUCAUUACGGCGACGGUGGAUCUCCACAACACCACAGGGACGAUGGUCUCCAGCACUACGAAGGGUACAGCUCCGACGCAGACAGCGACGUUUAAGUACGUGGUGUCUUAUCAACCACAUCGACCCACCCACCCUCCAUACCUAUAUACAUAUACAUUAACAUGCCAUCCUGUAUGAUUUUCGCCAUGGACCGCCGACUAGACUAGAUGCCGUUUAUAAUAUGGUGUGCAUAUUCGCAUAUAGUAUGGUCACCAAAAAAAAAAAAAACUGUACAGUUACCGACAACCGGGUUACGCAUUACCCUAGAAAUCACGUGGUUUUUGUGUGAUCUUCUUUUGUGACGUGCCCCUAUCGUCCUGUGGCGCCAUGUGCUCCUCUCAUAAUCAUCGUAAAUAUUAUAUAUUUUAUUAAUACUAUUAUUAUUAUUAUUAUUUGUAAAUUAUUAUUAUAUCGCCGAGGUACGUACGCGUACAUGUGCGGGCAAACUGUCUAAAUUCUAGUCAUUAUGUUAUUAAUAUUAUUAUUAUUAUUUUGUGUAUAAAUAUUCGUACAUGAAAGUAUGACGAUCAAACAAUACUGUACAUAAAUGUAUAUAACUAAAAUAAAUGAAUGAUUUCUUUUUUUUUUUAUGUAUAACUUGUGAGUUUUUUUUUAUUAUUGCUAUUAUAUUUAAUAUUAUUAUUAUUGUUGUAAAAAAAAUAUGAAAGACUAAAGAUAAUAUUCUCAUUUUAGAACGACUAGAAUAAUAUUAUUAUUAUAAAAUUCUACAUUACUAUAAUUAUUAUUAUUAUAACUACUAUAAUUAUUAUGAUUGAAGACGAUGGCUUGUGUACGUGAAAAUGAAACUAAUAAUAUUUGUACUUUCAAAAAUAGAUUGCGAAAAAACGUUGAAAAUGCAACGUUUAAUGUAAUUAUGUGUUGUUGAACAAUAUAAAACAAUAUUGUUGUCAUACUCGUUCGAUUAUAAUGAAUAAAUGAAAAUAAUAAUCGUUAA